GCGCUUUCUGCAAAUUACGAGUCGUCUUUCCCUCUCUUUCUCUGACCAUUCUCUUCUGAAAAGCCUCCUCCCAUCGACGACUGUUUCUCUUCUGCUGUAACUCUCCAAUUUGGUCUCCCUGCUCGGACAAGCAUUGCUCCGGCUUCUCCGGCGGCUUUAGUAUCUGCAGAUUCCUCAGCUUUCUCUUUCUCUAGCUCACUCUCGGUUUGAGUUCCGUGAUCGUUCCCAGCUGACUCUCGAACCAUCCGAUCGCUCGAUUUUGGAGCCAUCGGAGCUCAACAAGAGCCGGCUAUGGGGCAUUUAUGUAGCAAGCACAGCACAGUCGUCACUGCCGAUGACCGACCGAAGCCGCAGCCUCGUCCGGCUCCUGCGGCCUCGCCACCGGCACCUGUCGCGCCCGAGGUCAACUCGCUAGCUGGUAGCCCAUUCCAGAGCCCGCUUCCGGCCGGCGUGGCGCCAUCGCCCUCGCCGGCGAGGACUCCGAGGAGGAAGUUCCGGUGGCCGCUGCCGCCUCCGUCUCCGGCCAGGCCGAUCAUGUCGGCGAUCAUGAGGCGGCGCGGUCCGGUUCGGCCAAAGGAGGGGCCUAUUGCGGAAGUGCCUGAGGAGGACGGUGAGGAGCCGCGGCUGGAUAAGACCUUCGGGUAUCCCAAGAACUUUGGGGCCAAGUUUGAGCUGGGAGCGGAGGUAGGGCGAGGCCAUUUCGGUCAUACCUGCCGAGCCAAGGGAAAGAAAGGAGAGCUCAAGGGUCAAACUGUGGCGGUGAAGAUCAUUUCAAAGGCUAAGAUGACAACAGCAAUAGCAAUUGAAGAUGUCCGUAGAGAAGUGAAAAUUUUAAAGGUCUUGUCCGGGCACAGUCAUCUAAUCGGAUUUCAUGGUGCAUUUGAGGACAACAAUAAUGUCUUCAUAGUCAUGGAUUUGUGUGAAGGUGGAGAACUACUUGACAGAAUUUUAGCCAGGGGUGGAAGAUAUAGAGAGGAAGAAACUAAGACAAUCGUGCUGCAAAUUCUGAGUGCCGUUGCUUAUUGUCAUCUUCAAGGCGUUGUUCACCGUGAUUUGAAGCCAGAGAAUUUCCUUUUCACCACCAAAGAUGAGGAUGCUCCCAUGAAAAUUAUCGACUUUGGUCUGUCUGACUUUAUUGGGCCAGGUCAACGUCUCAGUGACGUUGUUGGCAGUGCAUAUUAUGUCGCGCCUGAAGUUCUUCACAGAUCAUACAGCAUUGAAGCAGAUAUGUGGAGCAUAGGUGUCAUAACAUACAUAUUGCUCUGUGGAAGUAGACCAUUCUGGGCUCGAACAGAAUCUGGAAUUUUCAGAUCUGUGCUAAGAGCUGAUCCGAACUUUGACGAUUCACCUUGGCCUGUGGUAUCAGCGGAAGCAAAACAUUUCGUGAAGAGGCUUCUAAACAAGGAUCACAGGAAAAGAAUGACUGCUGCCCAAGCUUUAACUCAUCCGUGGCUGAGAGAUGAAAACCGACCCGUGCCGUUGGAUAUUCUGAUAUAUAAGUUGGUUAAAUCCUAUGUCCGUGCCUCACCUUUCAGACGAGCUGCCUUAAAGGCUCUCUCAAAAGCUUUGACAGAAGAUGAGCUCAUCUACCUUAGGUCUCAAUUCAAUCUCUUGGAACCAAUUAAUGGAUGUGUGUCACUUGAUAAUUUUAAAGCGGCUCUAGUUAAAUAUUCCACUGACGCCAUGAAGGAGUCGAGGGUCCCUGAAAUUCUACAAGUGAUGGAGCCGCUGGCGUAUAGAAAGAUGGGCUUUGAAGAGUUCUGCGCUGCUGCUAUUAGCGUAUACCAGCUUGAGGCCCUUGACAAUUGGGAUGAGAUUGCAACUAAAGCUUUCGAGCAUUUCGAGCACGAAGGAAACCGGGUCAUUUCAGUUGAUGAACUGGCUCAGGAGAUGAAUCUGGAUCCGAGAGCUUACUCAUUACUCAAUAAUUGCAUCCGAAUCUCCGAUGGAAAGCUUAGCUUCCUUGGAUAUACAAAAUUCUUGCAUGGGAUUACGAUAAGGAAUUCGAACUUGAGACCUCAGUAGGGUGUGUUUUGUGUGUACAUGGAGGGUGACCGAUUUGUUCAUAGAUUCUUUCGUUGUAUGCAAUUUUUCGAGAGGGGUGAGAGGACGGCAUAAAACUAAGCGUUUAGAGGGGGAUAAUUCCUUGAUGUUACAUGACUUAUCACUACUCAAUCUUAGCUAAUUGUUCUUAAUUUCCCAGCCUCACCCGAACAUAAUUUCUUUCAUAGGUUUCUGCUUUUUUGCAAUCUCGGGCUUGUAGGCAAUAUUUUUCUUUUCUAGUCGCUUCAAAUUUCCGUAAGUGCCCCUAACCUUUGUAGCAAGUGAUCCUGCAUGAGUAACAAUAACAUAGCGUGGUCUUAAGUUUUGACUC